UAGACGAGAACAGAUACAGGAGACCCAAAGAGAGUGAGAGCAGUAGAGAAGAGAAAUAAUGAGGAGAGUGUUUUUGUGCUUGCUGCUAUGCUUCCUAGUAGGCAUAGAAGCAAGUGCUACUACUGGGCAGGGAGAUGCCCUCAACAAGCUCGUCUUUGAUGCUUUCAGAUUGGAAAGAAAAGCAGUUGGAAGUUCUUCUUCUUUUGCCGCCCCUCGCAUCUCCAAUCUACGAUCAAGAAACUACUCUCAACAAGGAUUGAAAGAGAACGACAGGAUCGAAUAUUUGCCCGGCCAGCCUGAUGGUGUAGACUUUGAUGAGUAUGCUGGCUAUGUCACCGUCGACCAAAAAGCUGGAAGAGCCCUCUUCUACUACUUCGUUCAGGCUGUUGGCGAUUCUUCUUCCAAGCCUCUACUUCUCUGGCUCAAUGGAGGACCGGGCUGCUCGUCCCUUGGGUAUGGAGCGAUGCAGGAGCUAGGACCAUUCCGUGUCAUGAGCGACGGCAAAACACUGUUUAGAAACCCAUUUGCAUGGAAUAGAGUGGCUAAUGUGCUGUUCUUGGAGAGCCCGGCUGGUGUAGGCUUCUCCUACUCCAACACCACCUCCGACUACAGCAAGGGAGGCGACCGCAGAACAGCCGAGGACAACUAUGUGUUCCUGGUGAACUGGAUGGAGAGAUUCCCAGAGUAUAAAGGCAGAGAUUUCUAUAUAGCUGGGGAGAGCUAUGCAGGCCACUUCGUACCCCAACUUGCCACGAUUAUUCUCCAACAAAAAAAUGCUGUCAUCAACCUUAAAGGAAUCAUGGUUGGCAACGCGGUGAUCAACGACGCAACUGACAGUAGGGGGAUGUUCGACUACUUAUGGACGCAUGCAUUGAUCUCAGAUGAGACCAUUGAUGCGAUCCACAAGUACUGCAACUUCUCGCCCAACACCACCAACCAGGAAUAUCGGUGUGGACAUGCGAUGUCAGUGGCCAGGGAGGUCUCCAGAACGCUUAAUAUCUACAACAUCUAUGCUCCUCUUUGCUCAGGCGGUAUCACCAAUACCCCGAAGAGGCUCUCGAUCAGGAACUUUGAUCCAUGCAGUGAAAACUACGUUUACGUGUAUCUGAACAGUGCUGAAGUACAACAAAAGCUUCAUGCUAAUGUUACCAAGCUCAACUAUACCUGGUCGGGUUGCAGCCAAGUGAUCCAACAAUGGUCAGAUAGCCCCUCGACAAUCUUACCACUUAUCAAAGAACUCAUAGAUAGGAAUAUACGAGUUUGGAUAUACAGUGGAGAUAUAGAUGGAAGAGUUCCUGUUACUUCAACAAGAUAUUCUAUCAAUCAACUAAUGCUCCUAGUGAAGACACAAUGGUAUCCAUGGUAUAUCGGAAGCAAGGUUGGUGGAUAUAGUGUGAGUUAUCAUGGUAAUUUGACAUUUGCAACUGUUAGAGGAGCAGGACAUGAAGUUCCAAGUUACCAAGCACAACAAGCACUUCAACUUGUAACAUUUUUCCUCAAAGGGCAUAUUCCCUAAAGCUAGUUUUGUAUAUAGUAAAAUAUUGUAAACUUGAAAGCACCUUAUUUACAAGUCUAGUUCCACUACAUCAUUAAUUAGUAACAUUUUCAAUCAUGUACUUGUUAUCAUUUCAAAAAUAAAUCUAUGGUGCAUAGCUAGAAUAUAGCUAAUUGCUUGCC